CAUUACCUUUGUUAUUAUUGUUUCUCCCCAACACAAACAUUAUAUAGACUUAUUAAUAGUUAAUACAUACAUAUAUAACAUAAAUCACCUUUUUGAUUCUCCUUAUAAUCAUGUGUAAUCCCAAGCCAUCUUCAGCAUCCACAUUUCUCUGUCCCACAAAAACAACCAUCCUCAUCACUCCCCAUUCCAAAGUUGUCGAUCAUAGAUGGCCAACUCCUAACGAGGCUUUAGAAGAAAUCAAAGAGAUAGGAAAAAUAUCUGGACCAACAGCAAUGACAGGAUUACUCUUAUAUUCAAGAGCUAUGAUCUCCAUGGUUUUCCUUGGAUACCUUGGAGAAAUGGAGCUUGCAGGAGGCUCUCUGUCCAUAGGCUUCGCCAACAUCACAGGCUACUCUGUCAUCUCCGGCUUAGCCAUGGGCAUGGAACCCAUUUGCGGCCAAGCCUACGGCGCUAAACAAUGGAAGAUUCUCGGCUUAACGCUUCAGCGCACGGUGCUCCUCCUCCUCUCAACUUCGCUUCCAAUUUCAUUCAUGUGGAUAAACAUGAACAGGAUCCUCUUGUGGUUUGGUCAAGAUCAUGAGAUUUCUUCAAUGGCGCAAAGAUUCAUUCUUUUUUGCAUACCGGAUCUCUUCUUGCUCUCACUUCUUCAUCCAUUGAGAAUCUACCUCAGGACUCAGAGCAUUACAAUGCCCGUUACUUAUUGCUCCGCCAUCAGUGUUCUCCUCCAUCUUCCUCUCAACUUCCUCCUUGUCGUUCACCUCAACAUGGGUAUUGCAGGGGUGGCGACGGCGAUGGUCUUAACGAAUCUGAACCUCAUUCUGUUCCUUUCAGCCUUCAUCUACUUCUCCGGCGUGCAUAGAGAGUCAUGGGUGCGGCCAAGCAUGGAGAGCCUAAAAGGCUGGUCUUCGCUGCUGGCGAUGGCGAUCCCAAGCUGCGCCUCUGUUUGCCUGGAAUGGUGGUGGUACGAAUUCAUGAUUAUGCUGUGCGGCCACUUGGCUAACCCAAAAGCCACCAUCGCCUCCAUGGGAAUCCUCAUCCAAACAACAUCACUCGUAUAUGUGUUCCCAUCUUCUCUCAGCCUCGCCGUCUCCACCAGAGUUGGCAACGAGUUAGGCGCAAACCGGCCCCACAAGGCUCGCAUUUGCAUGUUGGUGUCCCUCUUCUGCGCCGCCGCCCUCGGCCUCGCCGCCAUGGUUUUCAACUCCCUCAUGAGACACCAGUGGGGAAGAUUCUUCACUAAUGACCCUCAGAUUUUAGAGCUCACUUCCAUAGUGCUACCAAUCGCUGGGCUUUGCGAACUUGGGAACUGUCCGCAGACCACUGGCUGCGGAGUUCUCAGGGGAAGCGCAAGGCCCUCGAUUGGCGCAAACAUUAACUUAGGAUCGUUUUAUUUGGUCGGUAUGCCUGUGGCUAUUUUUUUCGGAUUUGUUGCUAAAAUGGGAUUUCCCGGCUUGUGGCUUGGGUUACUUGCUGCGCAAGGCUCCUGUGUGGUUCUCAUGAUGCUUGUUCUGUAUAGAACAGAUUGGAAUGUUGAAGUGCAAAGAGCCAAAGAACUCACAACAAAAUCAGAUUCAGAGUCUAUUAAUAAUAAUAACACCAUCAACAACAACAACAACAACAAGAGUUGUUGUAGUGGUCAUGGUGAUGCUUGUCUUGAGGAGAUUGUUAUAACUAAAAUUGAUGAUGAUGGUGCUGAUGAUUUUCCAAAGAUUUGUUCACUUGAAACAGAUCCACUCCUCAGAACCACUACAAAACAUACUGUAAAUUAGUAAACUAGCUUUUUUUUUUCUUUUUUUUUUUAAUUUUAUUUGACCCACAUUUUUUCU